GCUCGUGGGGCUUUGACAGCAGAGAGCUCGCAUGCGCUCUUGACGAUCGAUACGAAAUUUCUUCCAGGAUAACCUGGCCGUGAGGGGGAGUCGCACUUCCUAGCAUUUUCUUCAGUGGUUAAAGUGAUUGAGCAGGCCUUGCGCACUGUCAGUCUCCACGCCAUUUCUUGCUGCGGAAGCUCUCCUGUCGUCUCCUGACUUACCCGGAAUAUUCCAGUUUCGCGCGUCCCGUUUCCACGGACAAAAUGGCAAUGAAAUACGUCGCUGCUUACCUGAUGGUGGUGCUGUCGGGAACCGACGCUCCGACCAAGAAGCAGGUUGAGAAAACCCUCUCCUCUGUGGGUAUUGAUGUUGAAGACGACAUCAUGGACGCCUUCUUCAAAGCUGUCGAAGGAAAGACCCCCCACGAGCUGAUUGCCGCAGGUAUGGAGAAGCUCCAGAAGGUACCUUCUGGUGGUGUCGCUGCUGCUGCUGCUCCUGCUGCUGGCGCUGCCGAUGCUGGUGCGGGUGCUGCUGCGAAGAAGGAGGAGGAAAAGAAGGAGGAAGAGGAGGAGGAAGACGACAUGGGCUUCUCGCUCUUCGACUAAGUACGCGGUUCCAAGUGGAAUGUCGGAGUUGGCCUUUCUUGCAGAGGUUUCACGUGUCGUGCCGUGCAUGAGCCACGCAUAUAUGUGGUGUUGUAAUCAGUCUUCGAACUUAAACCUCUUGUGCAGUCACUGAAGAAAAACGAGAACCUCUCCACGAGAGUGCGUCCCCCACGCAGAAGCCAUCUGCUGACCACAACUCGUUGGGGGAUACUUUACAGUUUCCCCACCUUUAGGUUUCAAGUGGCAGUGAGUGGUGCACAGUAUGUGACCUUCUCUAAAGCCGUAGCUUCUUAUUAGUCACUUUUGAAAGUAACCACUAAACACGCUGCUGUACUUCCGGCUGAACAGAGAUUGGUCGAGGCUACAAAACGUGCGUUUUGUGCCGCGUACUGUUUGCCUGCUUUGCAACUUUGUCGUAUUCCACUGUACGAGGCUGCUCCGGCCCCUUCUAGAAAAACAUGCCAUAGCAACUUUGUUGCUUUAUGAUCUCUGUGCGGCAGCUUUGUAUUGCGCUGUCGGAGACUAUGCAAAAUGUACAUGUGCCUCGGCAGCCAUUUCGGUUGCUCGUAAGCAUUUGAGUAAUAAUUAACCUCCGUUCAGC